AUGAAAUUGGUGAAGACAGUGGUACACAAAUAUUUCACUAUUCAUCUUUGUGUUUUCUUACAUGUACUGGUGCUGCAGCUUCAAAAACGUCUACAGCAACCAACUACCAUACCAUCGAUAUCUUCACCACACAACCCUGACGACUACGUCAACUUCUACCAGCUGGUGGCUUUAGAGGACCAACGCUCGCCCAACGACUUCUUCCAGCGCUCCCUCUUGGCCACCUUUCUACUAAAGGUGCUUCAGCGAGCUAACUUUUUCGGCAAGUGGGAUGAUGAAGGUCCUCCUGACAAGGUCUUGACAGAAGAUGAGGUGUUCAUUGGCAGCCUCUUGCUCCGACAUCUUGAACUUAUACAGUUCAACGCUCAUGAGCUCAGUGGAAUGGCUUUCGCUGAGGGAGAAAACAACUUCAAAAAGACAAAGAGUGUCUUCCUCGGGCUGGCUGUGUACCCGACUGUGUCCUUCUGUAACCACUCCUGCUUCCCCGCUGUCACCAGGUACUUCAAAGGAGACAAGAUGGUGAUUGUCAGUCUAAGACCGCUACAACCUGGCGACCUGGUGGCCGAAAAUUAUGGCCCCAUCUUCACCCACCAUCCCCGUCACGAGCGACAACGGAAGCUCUUAUCUCGCUACUGGUUCAGGUGUGCGUGCGACGCAUGCCGUGAGGACUGGCUGGUGUACGACAACAUGCCCAACAGGAGGGUGCUGCGCUGCCAAAUGUGUAAAUCACCUCUUCCUCUGAGACAAAAGAAUCAGUCCCAUGUCAAAUGUCAUGAUUGUGGGACAUCCACAAACGCUGUUGACACCUUCAACACCCUGGACAAGACAGAAAAAUUAUUCGUCACUGCUUGUAAACACAUGGAUGAUGGUGAGAGAGAAGAAGCUAUUGCCACUUUCACCCGUUACGUGGAUGCUGUCAUCGAGUUAUUAGUGCCCCCGUACAGGAACCUACAUCUUUCUAUGCAGUCCCUCAGGCUUCUUAUAGCCUCAAGGGGUACUAUUCACACCCCAGCCAUUACCAGCAAUCAGUAGCAGCAAGCCGGUAUCUUCGACACAUUGUCCGAAGCGUAUGAGUAGGUAUUGGAAUAUUUUUGGUGGCAAAGGCCUAAAUUUUCCGAGAAAUGGGCGUGACAAUAAAAAACCUGUUUAUCAAUCUUCUAUUUCACGAAACCUAUCAAUUGGCAGUCAAUACAAGGACUGUAUUAAGUGUGAGGGACACAUAUAGGCGUCUAGUGUGUUUUGUCUGCCCAGUAAUUUGAGAGCUUAUACAAUCAUUACAUAUCAUAUAAGUUGUAAAUGUUUGUUUAGUACUAUUCUGCUCUAUAUAUUUUGGUAAUCAAUUAACGAUUUAAAAAAUGAAGAAGAUAACUCUUAUUCUAUAUAUUUUCGGUAAUCAACGAACGUUAUAAAAACGAAGAGAACCUCUAAGAAAUUCUAGAAACUAAUCUAAAUUUAGACAAGCGCCGCAGUCACAAUAAGUUACUUGACCGGAAUAUCUUGACGUGAGUAAAUUACCCUGUCCUGCUUCACUUCUUGCUUGAGUUCGAGACUAGGGAUUCAUUUUGCACCAGUUGUUGUGAGGGUGGACGGAAAUAAAAUCCACAGGUAAAAAUUCACAUGGCUUGUACACAUUGA